AUGCCGGUCUCCAUGGAAUAUACCGAGCACCACUAUGCUCCCAACAACGAGCUCCAGAAGCUGGGCAUAUGGAAAUUCCCUGCCGCUGCUGACACUGCUACCGAUGCGUCCAAGUACUGGGUCAUCUGGAUUCACGGCGGUGCUUGGCGCGACCCUCGGAAGACCUUCAAGGAUUUCAGAACCUCGAUCGAACAGAUCGUACAGGCCUCCUCUAUCCCCAAGUCGAAGCUUCGCGGCUUCAUCAGCAUUGACUAUCGUCUUUCCCCGCAUCCGCUUUUCCCGCAAGACCCUGCCGUCACCGCACCGGCCGAGCUUCGGUCCGCUCAGCACCCCGACCACCUCCGUGAUGUCUGGUCCGCCCUCGCCUUCCUCCAGCACCGAUACGACAUCAGAGAUCGUUACAUCCUCAUGGGUCACUCGGCCGGUGCUACCCUUGCCCUCCAGCUACCCAUGGGAUCCGCUUCUCUCGGCGCCGCGCCGCCGUCUGAGGUCCAGAUGCCAAAGGCCAUCGUCGGUAUCUCCGGUAUCUACGAGCUUAAUGCCUUCAACGAACGUCAUGAUGAGAACUACACUCAGUUCAUCGCCGGCGCUUUUGGCGAAGAUCAAACCGCCUGGAACAAGGUUGUGCCGGCCACAUUUUCGGGAAGCUUCAAGGACGUUUUGCCCACAAAGCCGCUCAUCCUAUUGGCCUGGUCUCCAGACGACACUCUAGUCGACGAGCCAGAGAUUGAUGGCAUGGUGUCCAAGCUGAAGCAUGACGGCGUCGAGUGCACCGUCAUCAAGAAUCUCACUCACGACCAUGACUUCGUAUGGCAGGAUGGCAAACAGAUUGCGAGGCUUCUUUCCGAGACUCUCGAUUUGCUGACAAGGAGUUGA